GGGUGUCUGCUCAACAACUUUUGACCGUGAUUCCAUGAGUUGUACCCCUCGCUAUUGACAAAUACCAUCACGAGACACUCUACAGUAUUUUAGAGUGGCGAAAGAACAGUCCAAUCAUUGUGCGCUCGCAAUAUUCUGUGUUUAUGAUUGCGUAUGUGCCGUAACGACCCCCCGCAGUCGAAUUAAUAGGUGCCUAUCGCUAAUCAUUGUCCAGCGAUUGAGAAGUGAGCCACACUCACGCAACCUCAUACUGGACAAAGUACCUGAAUAAUUACUCACGGCCGCUGAAGAUCAUACUACACAAUCUCAGCAUCCAUCGUCCUUCCUCCGGACGCACACAACCGCCCACCAUGGCCCAAAUAAACUACCGCACCAUCAACAUCGAUGUACUCGACCCUGAGUCAUCUAUCAAUUUCCCCAUGGACACUCUCCUCCCAGGAAGCCUCCCCGAACCAACGAAUUCGUCCGCUGCUGCCUCUGUCGCGCAGCAAGUGCGUCAAUUACUUCGAGGCGGUGAUCCGGAAGGUGCUCUUAGACAUGUGCUUGAUACAGCUCCAUUGGGCGGCGAUGCGCAGGCAAAGGAAGUCCAUUUAGCUACGGUCAUUGAUGUUCUUCAGGGUAUUCGACAGGGAGAAAUGCUGAAGGUUUUGGAGGGUGUGAUAAGUGGUGAUGGUGGUACUGAACGAGCGGAUUGCUUGAUGAAAUACAUCUACAAAGGCAUGGCUGUACAGUCGUCUGCUAGCGGAUCUCAGUCCCCUUCCUCGCGCAAGACUCUUUCUCCGCAAGCCACUGGCUCGGGAUUCUCUCAGGUGCAGGCUCGCAACUUUGGCGAGGGCGGUGGUGGUCAGCAUAUGAGUGUGUUACUAAGUUGGCAUGAGAAGCUUGUGGAGUUGACUGGGCACGGAACUAUUGUUCGGGUCCUUACUGAUCGUCGAACGGUUUAAGGUUGAUAGGAGUUUAUAGAUUCAAGUCGUUUCAGUUGUGUGGUUGCGUAUCUACUAAAAAUUUCAAGUACAAGUUCUGAUGACGGCUAAUGCAUGUCUACUAAAUGGCGUGAAAAGACGAUGAUUCCUCUGCGAGGAAUGUCUAAUCCUCCAACUGUCGUACAAUCGCAACUCAUCCUGCCUGAAGUCUCGUUUCAGUCGUUUAUUUCGGUCCAAAGUCACCUCCACCGAGGAUAUCCUUAAGAUUGACCUCCCCGCUACCUCUCUUCAGAGGUUUUGGUUGUCCCGCUCCUUCUUUCCAUCCUAUCAUAAAAAUGAUUCUGAAUGUAGCCGGAAUGCCACUUUGACCAUGCUCAGCUUCGCCGAUCUCCUCUUUAUGUAGUUCUCGGUAGAUAGCCUCAUUUGCUAGAAGAACGUCCUUCGAUAGAGUGCCCAUUUGCACCGUCGCAUUGCUCUCACCCAUAGCCUGGAGAUCUUCCAUCAAUGCGAAAGUGUUGGGGAAAUCAACGACAAUAUCUUCAACAUCUACAGUCAACAUCUUGAAGCCUGCUUUUGUCAAAAGACCUCCAACGUCCCUGACAUCAGCCAGCGGUGAGAUAUGUGGUAUCACACCUCCACGACGUUCCAUGUUGGCCAAUUGCAGAGACGAACGGAGCUCAAAGAGUGUAUCACCACCAAACAUUGCUGCAAUAAACGGACUAUCGGGUUUGAGGAUAUUAUUGAUUUGCGCCAAUAGAGAUGGAAGGUCGUUGAUCCAGUGGAUGGAGAGAGACGACAAGACGGCAUCGAAUGUGUUUGCUUCGUAGGGUAAGGAUUCGAGAUCUGGAAUUACUUCUCGAUGGAUAGACAAUUGAUCAUUAAACUCAAGAUCUGCAUCACGGUGUAGCAGCGCAUGCGACGUCUCGACACAUGUGAGAGUGUCGAUGCGGUUGGAUAGAGGGGGCGAUGAUUCUACCGCAGGGUCUGGGUUUGGAGCUGUUAGAGCUCUUGCAAUGUUGCAACUAUUUGCGCCGAGGUCCAGGGUAUUUGGAAAAGAUCUUUUUA